AUGGUUAGAGACAUUGUCAGACAGAACCAGUCGAGCCCUUAUUGGCAUCGGUGCAUCAAAGGAUUGUUCCUUUUCCAAUUACCUCAAAUCAUCGGUGAACGAAACUUAGGUAUCCACAACCAUGGUACGACAUGUACGCGCUGUAUCAUUCCGGGUGCUAUCACGAAAGGUGAUAUUUCUAUCUUGACUGGGAAACCCAGAGCAGGUUUUAUGAACCUGUGGCAUAGGCGUGACAUCAGCUUGUCCGCUAACGAUCAAAUUUACAAUGCUGCGGUGCGCUCCAUAUUAUCAUAUGGAUCGGAGAUCUGUGCACUGCGCGCCGAGGACGUCAAAAGUGUUUAA